AGAUUAGGGUCAGCCAUGCAGAUCGCCAUUGAUAAGGUCAACCUAGAUCGGUCUUACUUGAGUAGCUACACCAUGGAUUUCAUUUAUGCCGAUUCUGGCUGCAAUGCCAAGGUGUCCCUUAAUGGUUUUAUUAGCCAGGUUCAGACGCACCAGAUUUCUGCACUCUUUGGACCAGGGUGCCCAGAAGCAGCAGAGGCUACUGGUUUGUUGGCCUCUCAAUGGAACAUUCCCAUGUUUGGAUUUAUGGGGCAAACGGCAAAGUUGGAUAAUGCAUUUUUAUACGAUACUUACGUAAAACUAGUUUCACCUAUUCAAAAAAUAGGGCACGUGCUUCAGAAAAGCCUCCAGCAUUUUGGUUGGAAACACAUUGGGUUAUUUGGAAGUGCUGUAAGGAGGUCUUCCUGGGAUCAAAUUGAUGAGCUGUGGACAGCUGUCGAAAAUCAGCUCAAGUUCAAUUUCACCAUCACUGCUAAAGUGAGAUAUUCUUCCAGCGAUCCUGCCCUCCUUCAAGAGAAGCUAAUAUAUUUGUCGACAGUUUCCAGAAUUAUAAUUCUGAUCUGCAGCUCGGCAGAUACUAAGGCUAUUCUGGUGGCUGUGGAGAAGCUAGGACUGACCAAUGGGAAAUUUGUCUUCUUCGUAUUGCAGCAGUUUGAGGACAAUUUUUGGAAAGAGAUUUUGGGUAAUCAAAACGACCACCUGCUGAAAGCCUAUGAAUCUGUCUUCCUCAUAGCCCUCAGUUCUUAUGGUGAAUACUUCAAACAUUAUGAAUUCAUGAAGCAAGUCUACGAGAAACUGAAGGAUCAGCCCUUUUUCAGUUCACUUUCUUCAUAUGAGCAGGUAAGCCCUUACUCUGCUUAUCUACAUGAUGCUGUUCUACUUUAUGCUUUGGCUGUGAGAGAAAUGUUAAAGAGUGGAAAGGAUUUUCAUAAUGGAAGGGAGCUUGUCAACACCUUGAAAGGUUAUAAUAAGACUCAACUGCAUGGAAUCACUGGCCUGGUACAAAUUGAUGAAUUGGGAAUCAGACAAAUGGACUAUUCUGUCUAUGCUUUACAGAAUACUGGAAAUUCAUCUCAUUUUAUUCCUCUUUUGAAUUAUGACAGCCAUCGGAAAAUAAUCAGUCCCACAAGAUAUUUCUUCAACAUCAGUUGGUCAGAUGGUUCUCUUCCCACAGACAGACCAACCUGUGGAUUUUUUCGUGAACUUUGUAACACUUCAUUCACAAGCAUGACUGUUAUUUUGAUAGCUAUUCUACUGGUGUCAGCCUUGGGAGCAGCCACUGUGAUGGGUUUUCUUAAGAUGCAGAAAGGAAAAUUGCAAAUGUCCACUGAAGACAUCUGGUGGAAAAUAAACUAUAGCGACAUUGUCAUCCUGUCAGAUAAUAAGCUGUCUCAGCCUAGCACACCAGGGUCUAAGAGAAAUGAAAACUAUGGAUCCAGUGUCUUUUCAAGGAAUCUGAGCUCAUGUUUCAAGGACAAGCAGGGGGAAGAACUCUUUUACACUACAGUGGGUCUCUACCAGGGAAAUCACAUUGCUCUCAGAUAUACUGAUAAUCAAACGGAAGCUUGGAUUAAGCGACCAUCCAUCCUUCAUGAAGUUCAAGUGAUGUGCGAGUUAAGACAUGAAAAUUUAGUUCCCUUCUUUGGUAUUUGCACUGAACCUCCCAACAUCUGCAUCGUUACCCAGUAUUGCAAGAAGGGAAGCUUGAAGGAUGUUUUGAGAAAUUCCGAUAUUGAAUUGGAUUGGAUAUUCAAGCUUUCUUUUGCAUAUGAUAUAGUCAAUGGAAUGCUCUUCCUCCACAACAGCCCUCUGAACUCUCACGGAAACCUGAAACCUUCCAACUGCCUGGUAGACAGUCGGAUGCAGGUGAAGCUGUCAGGAUUCGGGCUGUGGGAAUUCAAGUAUGGAAGGAAAUACAGAGCCAAUCUGAAGAAAAUGAUGAACUAUUCAGAACUCUACUGGACCGCCCCAGAACUGUUGCGACUGGAGGAAUACCCUCUGAAUGGCACCCAGAAGGGUGAUGUUUACAGUUUUGCUGUCAUUAUGAGGGAGCUUAUUUACAAUAAUGAAGAGGGCCCAUUUGAAGAACUGAACAUGGAAGCCGAAGAAAUCAUCAAUAGAAUCAAAGAUCCCUCUGCUCUUGUGCCCCUGAGACCCUCCUUGUCGGAGGAAAAAUGUGGUGAAAGAAUCGUUACAAUGCUGAAAGCAUGUUGGAACGAAUUGCCAGAGAGAAGACCGAUAUUCUCCUCUGUGAAGAGAAGCUUAAGAGAAGCAAGCCCCGAAGGCCACGUGAGCAUACUGGACAACAUGGUGAACAAACUGGAAGUGUACGCAAAUCACCUAGAAGAAGUUGUGGAAGAGCGGACAACUCAGCUUGUGGCAGAGAAGAAAAAGACAGAAAAGCUUUUGUCCACCAUGUUGCCCAGUUUCAUUGGUGAACAGCUGAUAGCCGGAAGAUCGGUGGAGCCGGAGCACUUCGAUUCGGUCACUAUCUUCUUCUCAGACAUUGUUGGAUUCACAAACCUGUGCUCCCUCAGCUCCCCACUGCAAGUCGUUAAUCUUCUCAAUGACCUGUAUAGCUUGUUCGAUAACAUCAUUAAAACGUAUGACGUCUACAAGGUGGAAACAAUUGGAGAUGCAUACAUGGUAGCCAGUGGACUCCCUCUCCGCAAUGGUAUCAAGCACGUGGAGGAGAUUGCCACUAUGUCACUGCAUUUUCUCAGUGCUAUGAUUCAUUUCAAGAUUGGUCAUAUGCCAGAAGAGAAAUUGAAACUCCGGAUUGGCCUUCACACAGGACCUGUAGUUGCUGGUGUAGUAGGAAUUACAAUGCCAAGGUAUUGCCUGUUUGGAGAUACUGUCAAUAUGGCAUCAAGGAUGGAAAGCAACAGUUUACCUCUCCGAAUUCAUGUCUCCGUGACGACUGCCAGGGCCCUGCAGUCAAUUGGGGGGUACAAUCUACAGGAAAGAGGAACUAUUAGCGUGAAGGGCAAGGGAGAGCAAACCACAUUUUGGUUAAAAGGCAAAGCUGGGCUCAGCAUCCCCCUUCCAGAGUUCUCCAAUGAGGGAGAGGAUUCCAAGCAGCAGUCGCAGGUGACGACACCUCAUCUCUCUGCUUCUAAAGCCACUUUAUGGAAGCCCAGAUUUCAGGGAAGGCAGAAGAAUUUUUGAUUUUGUGCACUUUAGAGAUGGCAAUCAUGCUGGCCUGCUUAGCUGCUCAUUCCUCACUGCUGCUUCUCAAGGUCCUGAAAGACAUGGCUCCAGCAAUGCACUAUAGUUAAAGCCGUUGUAAUGUGAUUAGGUUGCCAAAGGAACAAAAUCUGCUGCCCUUCCAGUCUUCUGACUGUGCAUCUGGGUCUAUAUUUACACUUCAUAUUGAGAGGUGCACCACUGAUAAUGAAUUUUGAGUUGAGUGUUUGGAAGCGACCUAGAAGAUGGAUGUUUGACCAUAGUUGCUUCUCACUGGGCACAUGUAAAAGCAGGACUGAAGCCAGGCUUUUGGCUACAGAAUCAGGACAGUUUUUGUCCUGAUUCUUUGACCCCCAUUUUCACUAUGGAAAUGGUUAUCUUUCUUGGAUCG